CAAGAACCGAUUUUAAGUAAUAUAUCAGUAGUGAUAAAUCUAUACCGGCAAGUUAUACGAUUAAUUAAUAAAUAACAUUAAUUUAAAUAUCAAGAAAUAUUAUAUUUACAGUAAUAAACAAAUAUGUUGAUCAAAGUGAAGACACUUACGGGCAAAGAGAUUGAAAUAGAUAUAGAACCUACUGACAAAGUAGAAAGAAUCAAAGAAAGAGUGGAAGAAAAGGAAGGAAUACCGCCACAACAACAGCGGUUAAUAUUUUCUGGCAAACAAAUGAACGACGAAAAAACAGCACAAGAUUAUAAAGUACAAGGUGGAUCGGUGCUACAUUUAGUACUUGCAUUAAGAGGAGGCUUAUAAUUAAUAUACUUUUUCUUUUUCAUAUGUGACUUUGUAAUUAAUAAAAGCAAAUAUGCGGGAAGGCUACUAUUUACUUGUAAGAAAUAACAUAUAUACGUCAACCUAAACAAAAGUUACGCUUAAAUUUAGUUUUUUGAAAUAUA